CAUCAUUGCAGCGCACAAUAAUGGUUACCAUCCCUGCAAUAUGGAAUAUGGGCAAUAACAAAAUUAAAGAAUACAAAUGACUACUGUAUAUGACACUGAUGUGUAAGAACACCCCGUGACACCAACUAGUGUUUGGCAUGGAUCUUCGGGAGAUCAUCUUAACAUCUUUUUCAACUUUAGCCGCAUCUCAAUUCCUUGCUUUGUUUACAUUGGAAACCAUCCUCCUAUCGCAAACCACUACUGCUGAAGGUUGGUUUGACAAGUUUGUACUUAGUUCAAAUAAUUUAAAAUCCGUUAUAAUUAACUAAAAGAAAAAUUCUAUGGCUCUAGACUUAAGGCGUUUCUUCUCCAUUCUUCAUGGGCAGACAUCCAGCAAAAUCUAUCUCAACAUCAUUAAUCAAUAAAGAACAUACAAUUACAAUUUGUGUUUAAUUAAUUUAACUAUUUAACUAUACUAUAACUAUAGGCCUAAGCGGCUAAGCCUAAUACUAUCACUAUCAUAGUAUUGUAAUUUAAUGAUUAUUAUACUUGGUAAAUGUGAAGAGAUAGCACCAUGUAAAUGUAUUUUUUUUUACCAUGGCCGUGAAGUUAUGUCCUAAAUCUAUCCCUAAACCUAACCUGAAGUGAACCCUAAAAAUAUCCCUAAACCUAACCUGAACCGUAAACUUAUCCCUAACCUGGGUUUUGACCCUAUCUGAACCAGGUAUAAAACACGCCAAUGACGUCAGGGUGCUAUCUCUUCACAUUAGCCUUAUAUUUUAUAUUCAGGCUAUAUUUUUAACUUUUCACAAAACUUUCUUCAAGUUAUUACUAUUUUACUUGUAGUUCAUUAGGCCUAGUCAGUUGAGCAGCGAUGCAAUAAAAAAUCCUUUCUUGUCUCUGUCUUAUGCAUUCAAUUUCAAUUUUUUCUUCUCAAAGGUUCUGCUAUAUUUUUUACUACUCCACCUUUGUUGGCCCCAAUUCAAUUGAGACUUGUCAGAGCUUGUGAUGGAGAUGCUACAUUAGAAUGGUUUCCAACAGAUACAAAUGCAGCAGUUGAUUUGUCUUUAUCAAAAUGUGAACUGACAUACACAAUUACUGGGCAUCAAGGAUCACAGAUAAUAGAUGUAUUUCCUGAUCCUAAUCUCCACACUUUCAGUUUAUUUAAUUUGAGCCAAGGCUUUAACUACUCAGUGUUUAUGGUGUGUGACAGUUCUCUUAAGACUAAAGACAUUUCUUUCAUAUCAGGUGAGAUACCUUUAAAAUAUCAGUUAAUCCAAUAAUAGGCUACGUUUAAAAUGUAAUUUUUAUUCCUUCUUUGAUUUAAAAAAAAUAACAAAAAAGUUAUCUUAAAUAAUUUAAAUCUUUUAUUUUAAACUUAAAACAGCUAUCACUACAGUGUGUUUUUUCUUUUGCAUUUUGAAGGUUGAUGGCUAAAAUAUUUAAAGAAUUUUCAAAGUGAAUGAAGAAAAAAUAUUUUAAAAUAAAACAGAAUUUGUAGCAUGAUUAAGUUGGUUUUAUAACAAAAAAGAAACAUAAAAAAACCUAUACAUUGAAUAGAAGUGCAAUGGGCUUAGAAUAAAAUAAAAUGUGUAAUUAUAGACUGAGUUUUGAUCAAAGCAAUACAUUCUAAUAUCAUUUUUAACAAAAAUAGGUUCAGUGUGUGUUACCAAGCAUUUCAAUACCAACCAGACUGCUUAUCUUGACAAAAAUGCUGUUACGUCGUAUGUCAGUACUUCUAGUUAUGAUGCAAUAGAGUGGCCUAUAGCUAUUUCAUUUGCCAUUGUGGGCCUGAUUAUUUGUGGAGUUGUUGCAUUUUAUAUGUGGAAAAAAUACCAAAGAAGACAGAGAAUUCUAAGAAUAUUCAGGUAAGCUUAAAACAUUUUUAUUUAAAAAAUUUGAUUUGAAAUACCUCUUUGCUCAUUAUGUGGCAAAAUAAUGCUUAUUAAAUACGGCAGAUAGUGCAUCACAGGGACUGAAUGUUGAGAAUUUUGAUAGAGGUUAAGAUUAUUUUUAUUUUGUUUAUGGUCAAAACUUUUUGUUAUUUUUCUUAUAAGCUAAUACAAAAUCAUUCUAUUUAUCCUUUGAACAAUAUUAUGAGUCGUUGAGUCAUUUUGAAUCAUUUAUUUGCUUUGUGAUAAUAAAUGGGACGCUACUCAGUUAAAAAGCAGUUUGAAAUUACAGGUAAACCACUCUCUUUCAUGUGAGCCAAAAAAUAAUUACUGAAAUAACUGUUUACUUUUUUUAUCAUCAUUUCUUACAUUUCUUUUCAAUUGUUAUGAAAUCUAGGCUAUCUGGCUAUUUUUUUGUCAAAGUGACAAAAACGGCUUAAUUUCAAAGGAGUCAUACUCUGGAUUAUUCCUUUACAAUUCCCAUUUCAUUUUUGGGUACCCAGUGCCACCCCCUCCCCUCACUCCACCACACACACACACACUCGGGCUCUGAAUAUUUGCCAGAAUUUACAACUGUUACCAAGUUUUCCUUUUUUUUUUUUACCUUUAUUUCAAGGCAAGGUCAGAAUGAUCCAUUUCAAGCCUUAUAUAGCCCAACUCAAGACUCCUACAGCUUUUGAAUGUCAGGAAAUGAACUGAUAGCAUCACUUGGCGGUUACGGGUGUUUCAGCAGCAAUGCAUGUAUUAAAAACUGCUUUAACUAAAUACAAAAUAUAAAUUGAUAAUGUGUAAACUUCUGUAGUGUAGCUGAGACAUCUCCAAAUAACUGUUUAUAAAUGUUUGUGAUGUAGAUAAUAGAAAAAGUUUUGUCAUUUAAAUGUGUUCAUCUUAUUUAUUCUUGUUAAACAUUUAAACAUAGUUAUUGUGUCAUAUUUCUUCUUGAUCUUGAGUUAAAAAAAAAAUCUCAUAAUUUAUUUAACUUUAACAUUUAGUCCUCAUGAAAGUAUUAUUAUAUUAAAGAUAUUCAUUCAAGUUAAUUACCUCAUUAUUACAUUAUACUCUAUCUGAAUGAAUAGUUAAUUUUGUUCAACUUUUUUUGUAUACUUUGUAUACUCAGUGCAAUUUUGAUAAUAUUUUCAAAUUACCUUGUUAUCCAUGAGCCGCAAUACGAAAAAAAAUAUUUGUAUGUUUUUUUUUCCCUGAGAAAGAUAUUCAAAUGUUAAAAUUGACCCUCCCAAAAAAAAACUUUUAAAAGAAGAUUUUUUUCUCAGAAAAAUAGUUCAAUAAAUGCACAGAAUGUUUUUAGAAAAUAUUCAUUCUGCUAUUUUAAAGAAAUUAAUUAAUUUCAAGGUGAAGUCAAAAGUUUAAAAAGUAAAGCCAUCGCAAAGAAUGGUUUAAAACUCACCUGGGACGCAUUAUAAAGAAUUUCAUGUCAACUCAUAGACCACUUUAAAAGUACUGAGUAGGUUUGCAAUCAAUAGAAAAUGACUGUUUAAUUUUGUCUAUUUUGUGAUGCCUUUUGUUGUCAUUAAAAUUCACAUUAUGAUUGUAAUUUUUAAAUGCUGAUUCAAUUGUUUUAAAGUUGGAAAAAUUUGUUUUAAAACCAAUACUUGUACACAUUCUAUGGCAAGAAGUGCACACUACAGUUAAAAAGAAAUUUAAAUACAUAUUUAAAAUAUUAGACAUUCGCUCCAAAUUGUGUUCAAGAUUUUAUGUAUUUAUUUUGUCUCAUUUUGAUUUUUUACAAUAUGAUAAGCUAUUUUCAUAGUUCAACAAAGGAGGGAAAAGAUGCAAUAAUAAUUUUAUUUUCAUAAGCCAUACAAAUAUUCAGUCACUCUUUUAUUGCCGUACAUCUGAUAUGAUAUUGUUAUGGUAAUUUAUGCCAAUGGGGCAAAGUUUCACACCUUGUUAGCUUGUUAGAAUAUGAUAUCUCAAAGCAUUUUCAUUUCUAUAUAAUUUGUCUUAGCUUUAGUAUUUUAUUUGAGAGGUUCUUUAGAUACCUUACAUUGAAUCCAUGCAUUUUCAAGAUGUUAUUAUGGAACAUGUUGUUACAGGCCUGCUUUUUACAAAUCCUUGGUCACUUUAUAAAGCCUAGCCUAAACAUGAAAUCAGUUGUGGGACUUGAGGGUAUUGCCUGUAUACGAAUUUUUAAUAGGUAGCGUUUUAAUAUUCGAUUCAGGUUCUUACUCCCCCUGAUAUAAAUCAUUUGGAUAAACUGACUGAGUUACUGCUUAAAAACAUCUGAAAUUAUAAAUACAGUAUCCAGAAUAAUUUAUGGUGGGGACCAUUUUUGAAUUAGGGAAGAAAUCCUUGGUAAAAUGCUAUGAAAACAUUAAGAAAAUCUUUUCAAAUUUAAGAUAAGAUAAGAUUCUUUUUAUUGAUCCAUAUAAAUGGAAAUGUUUUUUGAUUAAAAUGUGCAUAUUCAUUUUAGCACAUAAAUAAUUAAAUAUUUAAUUUAUUUUAACCAAGACAAAAUUUUUCAAUCAUACCAAUUGAAACAAGACAUCUAAAGCAUUUCUUUAGUGUAGAAAUCAACCAUCAAUAAACUCCCUUAUUCAAUAAUGACUUGAUUAGUGAUCAUUUAGAUUUGGUAACUGCUGGGGGAGUAGGGUGGAAAAUAAGUAGAGACUGGGGAAUUUUGAUAUCUUUCGGUCCUAUUUUUAAGAGAAAGAAUUUGUCCUGAUCGAGCUUUUCUUAGAUAUCUGAGAUGAAGAGGGUGGGAUGUAUCAUUCAAAAUUUGUUUAGUUUUACAAUAGCAUUUUUCUUCAAAUAGUUCUUCAAGUGAAGGAUGCUUAGUUAGUAUGAUAUUUUACUAGCUUUCUUGAUUAAUCUAUUUAGUGUUUGAUGUCAGACGAGGAAUUCCCACACCAGCCGGUAAUACUGAAGUUCAAGUAGGUUUCCAAUCUUCUGGUCUAUUCCAUUCAUGUGUUAUUGCAUAAUAUAUUUUCAUAAUUAAUAUUACAACUCGUUGGCAUUUCUCAAAGCAUUUUUACUACGCAGUGGAUUUGGAGUGGACUUUAUUUUAAAAAUCAAGUGAAUCGUAUCCUGCAACAAUGUUUUAGUAAGCAUCUAUCCUGAAAAAUUGUAAUUAAAGACAAUAUAAUUUGUGAAAUAAAGUAGAAUUCUAAGCAUGAGUUAUCUUUUAUAGCCUUAGAUAAUUUUUUUAAAACCGUUGGUUAAGAGAGUAAGAGGUUCUGAAAUUUAAGACCAUGUUUUAGAGUGUACAUAGGCCUUCUUGUAAAAAAGUAUAGUUUUAUUUUGAUGUAAUUUUGCAUGAAUAUAAUACAAUUAAAUAAUGAUACUGUAUGGUUUCCAUUAAAAAAAGCAUACAAUUAUGUUUGUUUUUUUACAUUGGAAUAUAUGACUAUUUAAAGAGUUUUUUUAAAAUCUGAAAUAAUUAUCAUGAAGUACAUUUUUUUGGCUGACUGAGAAAAUUUACUUGGCAGUAAUGACAGUCAAUUAUAUAGUCAGUACUUGAUGUCGGAAUCCUUAAUUAUAAUCAUGUUUUUUUUCAUAGUAAAAAUAAAAAAUAUGCAUUAUAUCAUUAUAAUUCUGUAUUGUAUGUUAAGCUUUUUAUGAAAAUGGUAUGUGUGGCAAAGAAAGAUUUAAAAGCUUUUCCAAUGUUAAAGGUUGGUUUUUACAUCUGAUGAAAAUAAUUGUCUUUAUUGGGGGGUUGGAUAUGCAUCGGGACAAUUCAAACUGGAGCUGGUUUUGAUGGAAUGAGAAGAAAAAAAAUAAUUUUCUACAUUUCUAUUGAUAGAUGUAAUUAACAAAGAAAAGAAUGCUGUUCGGAUUUGUAAGGAAAAAGUGACCAGUCUCUACAAAUGGUCAAAGCAAAGCAUUUAUAAAAAAGUAUUGGCUUUAAAAUUGGAAAACUUAUCUUGUCAUAGAAUUAUUGGAUUUUUUUUUUUUUUGGGUUGCUGUUGCAAUAUUGAUUUCAUUACAUUCAAGGUAUUAGAGGAAAACUCUUUUUUUUUUUUUCAAUUUAUUAUUUGACAUACUUGGACAUAAACAUUAUCAACUUUUUUUUUUUUAUAGAAUUAUUGGAUUUUUUUUUUUUUUUGGGUUGCUGUUGCAAUAUUGAUUUCAUUACAUUCAAGGUAUUAGAGGAAAACUCUUUUUUUUUUUUUCAAUUGAUUAUCUGACAUACUUGGACAUAAACAUUAUCAACUUGUAUUUUGUUAUCAUAACUUGUAGUGGAUAGCCAUAAUUUGUGUCUCAUAAAACCCUUGCAAAAAAUACAUAUGGUGUGUUAUAUCAGAAGUCAAGUCUAAUCAUCUGGAAAGAUGAUUAUUUUGUGCAACUCUUUUCAAAAUUAUGUCAUUCUUCAGAUGAAUAAUGAUGUUUUUUUUGCAUAACGUUGUCUUUUUUAUAAAAAAUAAGCUGUAGUGAAAGUUAAUUGUCUUUGCAAGAAAUAUUCAGAAAAGAUGAGUGGAAGCUUGAAAAUCAAAAUAAAAUUAAAAAUAAAGCUGAUGUUUUAGCUGAAUGCCUCACCAAUACCAAGCACAGAAACAUUGCAAAUCCCCUAUAAAUGCAUAGGAUCCGAAAUGAUCCAUAAAUUGAUCGUGGACCCUUAAUAUAUAGAAGAAGAAGAAGUAUUUUUUACAAGUUGCUUAGUUAUAAGCCUACAAUUUUAUUGGGAAAUUUAUUAUAUUUUUUCAUCACCUCAUAACAGAACAAUGAAAAAAUGUAUGCUCUACAUAGUAAAAUAUUUACUAAACAUGAUUUUUAUCCAUGUUUAUUGAACCGAUUAUUCUCUUGAUCUGUGUUUUAAAAAAAAGUAAAUCUGGUAUUAGAUAAUAAACAUUUUAUUGUUGAGUAAAUUUUGACUUUUUAUGAAGACAAUUUAGUGACUUUAAUUAUUAUUAUUUUUUUUACACUAGCAAUAAAUAUCAAAA